AUGGCAGAAUUGUUCGACCUGAUCGACAGGGACAGCGACUCUUAUUUAUCCUUUGAAGAGCUUGCUGCCGUCUUUGAUCUCGACAAUGUUCAGAUCAAACACUUUAUGAACCGAUUGGGUGUUCGCGCCAUCAUGGAACACGACGCCGCGGGCCUCACUCGUGAGGUCUUUGUUUGUCAUGCCGUUGCUGCUUUGGAAGAAUGCAUACCCCUCGUCGUGGAUAAGGAAGGUGCCAGCGUUCUUUUCCUGGCUUUGGUGGAGUACGAAACUCGCAGCAACACCAACGGGCUGUCGCUGCGGGAACACAAUCAUGAUGAUGCCAUUCGGGAUCCAUUGUCCACGUUCGUACACUCUGGCGUGUUUUCCUUCCUCAGUGAAUCUCAAAUCUACGAACCGACCACGAGAUUCAGAAAGGACAAUAGGACGGCUCUCCGUGUUUUCUCCUUGGGGGGCAAUUUCAAACGUCCUCGCGAGCUCUAUGCCAUUAGUCGCCAAGAAUUCUGCCAAAACUAUGGGAAAUUUCUCCGAGAGAUGGUCUCUAAUGAUGACAAUCCACAACACGAUAAAGACAAGGAUACUACAACAACUGACAUUACGUUGGAGGGUAUUUCUGUCUCUGUUCCAAUUGGAAUCGGCGCGGAAGAAACGACUGUCUUGGAGGAUGUCUCGUGCAGGUUCCGACCGGGGACAAUGACCAUGAUUGUGGGUGGCGAAGAUGGAGUUUAUCCCGAAUUGACUUUGAAGGAAAACUUGAUCUACUCAGGUCUUCUGCGUCUCGGUGGACAAAUGAAGGCCUUGGACAUCAUCGACCUUGCAGAAUCUGUUCUGGCCAAGCUGGGUCUCCUCCGAGUUUCAGAGAUCCUGGUCGAGGAGCUCUUGCUGGACGACAAGCCCACCACCGUCCACCGUACAAUCGUGAACAUUGCCAUGACACUAAUGGCGAAACCACAAGUCAUCUUAUUGAAUCUGGAAGAAACAGACGCGGCUCUGCCAAUUUGUGCGGCGUUGAAGGCUGUGUUGGAUUCUGAAAAUGUGACAGCCUGUGUUGCUUUGACAGAAGCAACGAUAGAUCAAGUCUGGCAUUGCUGUCACUCAAUAAUGCUUCUCACGGGUCGAGGAAGAGUCUGCUUUUCUGGGCCGUCGCAUUUUGCCACCAAGUAUAUCAAGCAAGUUGGGUAUUCCGGGGCCUCUUUCAAGACCAGCAUGGCGAAAGCACUCCAAGACAUUAGCAAUGGAAAGAUUGUGCCACAGAGCAAGACACAACAAAGAGGCAACGACGAAGCAGCGCUUCGUUUGGUCAGUAUGCGGCACCUUCGCGAGUCCGGCGCAGCAGACAUACCUUCCUAUCUCCAGGAAGAAGCUGCCAAACAGUGGUCGGUGUACCAAGCGCAGCGACUGUCCAAGAAAACCAAGCGCCUUUACUACCUCAAACCUGAACCAUCAAAGUAUGGCCGCCAUCAAUCCAUCAAAAGUACGCCGUUCACGUUGCAGCUUUGCUGUCAGCUUGAACGGGCGCUCCUCGUCUUGUGGCGCAACGUUUUCAACAUGAUUACCGAGCUUGUCCUGUUAUGCGGAGUUCUUUUCGUCGUGGCACUUAUCUCUGGUGUCACUACGCUUUCGGUAGACAGCGACCCGUCGGGGAUCCGACUCCAGUAUCUAGUCACCGAGGACCCGUCUUUUAUCUUGCGGGAAGACAACGAUAAUUUCUUUGAACAACUCUUCAGCUAUGCUCUUCUUCCAAACAACGAGAUGACAAACUACGCUCAGAACUUGUGUUUGAUCGUAUCUCCAAUCGCGACCCUUUUCGCGGCAAAUGCACUGUUGAAGCGACGGCAUUCGGUGGUAUGGGAGGCACAGCACGGUCUUAGUACGACAGCUUUCCUCUUGGCGUUCAGUAUCGUUGACACGCUUCAGCAAACACUCCAGUCUCUCAUACUGGCUCUCCUUCCCUGGUGGCUACGGGCAUCGACCACUCGACUCUCCAACUACUUUGUGGCAUUUCUGCUGCUGUCGUGGUUGAACAAUUCGUGGUGUCUCCUUUUUGGAUCGAUGUUGUCACCAAUCUACUUUCAAAUCAUUCUUCCAGAGUUCUUGGAGUUUGGAGGGUUGAUCUUUGGUGGGCUAACGAGCCCGUUCUUGUUCUCGGAUAUCUACCAGAAUUCAGGGAUUGCGCUGCUGUGCGGUUUCUUGUCUCCGACGAGGUUUUUCGUGGAAGCCAUGGCGGUGUCGGAGCACCAGUGCAUGCCAAUACAGAGUGGCUUCACAGUCGAUCGCGGCGCAGCCCCAAACUUUCCCCUGGAGAAGUCAUCGUUUGCAAUCGUUGGCUUGGCGGGGAACGAUUUGUCUGUUACAGAUCCAAACCGAAGGUGCCACACCGGAUGGUACUGGUAUGUGGCACCAGAUCUUGUGGUUGGUCUUGCAAUCCGCAGCCUCGCCUUUGUUGCAUUUCAUUUGUAUGCGACAAGAUUCAUGGCAACAAUGCGUUGGCGCCUUGGUGACUUUGUGGACACCCGGAAGCUUCUAGAAUCGGUCUGCAAGGCAUCCAUCGGACCCUUCAUGAUCUCUGCGUUGCCGCUCACAGCCAUUGCGUCGUUUCUCCUCCUGCGUCACAGCGACCAAGAGGAAACUUGA